AUGAGAGACACACCGGACUUAUGGCCAAUAGAUUUGCAGACAUUUAUGCAGGACUUGUAUGACUCGAUCCAAUCAAACGGAUUCCUAUUAACGGUAUUCCGCUAUAAGUUUACGGAACCGGAGAUCGCAUUGAACUCAUUGAACGGAAAGCCAUUUCCCAAUAAUAAUGAACUGACACUACGUUUAGAAAAAUUCGUGACAAUUGCCAAAAGUGUUGUAUGGGAAACACAUCCAUAUCCGGACAGUCAUAAUAUCAUUCACAUAACGGGCGGUAAUUAUCAGCAAUGGUUUGGAGUAUUGCAGGAAAGGGUGAUUGAGGCCAAAGAGGCGGACAACCAAACGGAUAACAUAUGGCUGAUUGCAAACGACUCAUCAAUUAAUGGCAUAAUAGGUCUCAUGAAUUGCUUGCGAUUAGAACCGGGAGGAGAGAACUGGAGAUAUAUUUUCAAUUACGACAGCACCGGUAGUCCAAUGGAUAUAGACUUCAAUGUCAACCCUUAUAGCGAUAUAUUGGCCAACGAUUUGGUGGCGAAUGUCGUGAAAGAGGGAAAAGUGGGAACUUAUCGACACUUAAGACUUCCCACGGAUUACGACAAAUGCCUCUCAAAUGACUAUCACUUGAAUUCAUCAAAAAUUGGAGAUUUAGGAGGUCUUCAGUGGUAUGACUCCCGGAGUAUAGCCCGCGUUAAUGAGAUGUGGGGAAUGAGUAAUAAUAAAGAGACUGUCACCAGGGUCGAGAUCUACUGCUCCGGUAUCUCAUUCAGAGAUGUCAUGUUAUCAACCGGUCGUAUACCAUUUGGCCCUGAACAGUUAUUCACAGAUUGCUUGAUAGGCUAUGAAUACGCCGGUCGUAGGGCCGAUACGGGUGAACGUGUGAUGGGUCUGGAAGGGGGCCGUACGGUCGCCACCUCUAUUAACGCCAACCUCUCGGGUAUGACUAAAAUACCCGACCACUGGUCUAUGGCCGACGCGUCCACUAUUAUCAACAAUUAUAGUACGUUGUGGUAUGGACUCAUAAAACGUGCCAAUUUGAAGAAAGGCGAAAGCAUUUUAAUACACUCGGCGGCGGGAGGUAUCGGACAGUCGGCUAUCAAUAUCUGCAAACACUAUGAGUGCGAUAUCUAUGUGACGGUCGGCACGGAAGACAAGAAACAGUUUCUUAUGGAAGAGUAUAACAUACCGGAGGAUAGGAUACUGAACUCGAGGGACAUUUUGUUCAAGAAUCAGAUCAAAGAGUUAACGAAUGGAAAGGGAGUCGAUAUUGUGAUCAACUCGUUGGCCGGAGACAAACUGGAUGCCAGUUAUGAGUGCCUGGCUAAUUGUGGCAGAUUUGUAGAGAUCGGGAAGUUUGAUAUGUUUCAAAACAAGCAGCUGGGUAUGUUUGACUUUCUGAGGGACAUACAGUUUAUUGGUGUGGGAAUGGACGCCGUCUUUAUGAAAGACCCUAACUUUUGGCAAGACUUUUACGAUUGGAUGCAUAAGAACUGUACGAAUGGUUGCGUAAAACCAUACAAUUAUACCCUUUAUAACGCCUCGGAUGUCGAUUAG